CGACACAACCGCCUCAUCCUCGCCCUAACCGGCGCCACCGGCUCCAUCUACGGCAUCCGCACGCUCCAAACCCUACACAACCUGGGCAUCGAAACGCACCUAAUCCUCUCCAAAUGGGCCCUCCCAACCCUCCGCUACGAAUGUCCCCAACACACCCUUCCCUACCUCACCUCCCUAGCAACACACACCCACUCACCGCGCGACCUCGCCGCCCCCAUUAGCAGCGGAAGCUACCCAGUAGACGGAAUGAUCAUCGCGCCGUGCAGCAUGAAGACCCUCGCCGCGAUACGCAUGGGCUACGGCGAGGAUUUGAUCUCUAGGUCUGCGGACGUGUGUAUUAAGGAGGGACGGAAAUUGGUGCUCAUGGUGAGGGAGACGCCGUUGAGUGUGAUUCAUCUGGAGAAUAUGCUCGCGUUGGCGAAACUGGGGGUGGUGAUUUUUCCGCCCGUGCCGGGGUUUUAUACGAGGCCGGAGGGGAUUGAGGAUGUGGUGGGGCAUAGUGUUGGGAGGAUGUUGGAUGUGUUGGGGGUGGAU